GCAGCUUUUAAUUUGAUCGUUUACUUCAAUAUAGAAAACUGCCAAGUAAUGUAGACGACCUUUUCUAACUUAGAGGUACUACAUAUUUAAGCUGUAGCCAUGGGAUGUGGUUCAUCUUCGUCAUCUGGUACAGAUCAGUCAAUCAACAAAGUUAAAACUAAGGAGGUUUUAGGAAAUCACAAUUCUAUAACAGCUGUCAAUAGAUCACAAACUGUAAAGUCAACAAAAGUAAAGACAUCGAACAACGACAAAACCAGAACAACGAGCAGUGAUAAAGUAAAACCGUCAGCAAAAUCUAAUGAUUUCAAACUUGACUUGGACGAAUUCAAAGAUAUAGAUGAACAUGCCAGACAGACGCCAAAGUCUGUUGAAAACUCCAUCAACGAACUUGCUAAUUACCUGGCCAAACCUGCCAAAAGUGAACUAGAGACCAUUCGAGCUUUUUAUGUGUGGAUCUGCAAUAAUAUAAGUUACAAUGCCACAGCUUACUUUGGUGGUGAAUCGGCAGCUAGAGAGCCUAUUGAUGUUUUGAAAUCAAAAAGCAGUGUGUGUGAAGGAUACGCUAGGCUCUUCGAAGCACUCUGUUUAGCAAAGGACAUCAAAUGUCAAAAGAUCAGUGGUUUCUCGAAAGGGUAUGGUCAUCAGCUUGGGACUAUCUUAUCUUAUCAAACCAAGACAGAUCAUGCUUGGAAUGUUGUUUUUGUUCUCGGGAAAUGGAGAUUUAUAGAGACAACAUGGGGAGCUGGUUCUCUUGAUGAUCAAAAAACAUUCGUAAAGAAAUUUUCAAAUUUCUACUUUUUAACAAAACCAGAACACUUCAUAGAAGAUCAUUUUCCUUACAUCAAUAAUGAUGCAGAGGGGAGCAAGGAAUGGCAACUUUUAAAAAGACCGGUGUCUCUUGAAGAAUUUUCAAAAACUUUAAAAACAACAAAAUUUGCAAGGGAAUGGGGUGUUAUUUUUCCUUCUCAUAAACAUGAAGUUGUCAAAGUUGACAGAAAGGCUUCAAUACCAAUCGAAUCGAAGCAAAACACUCUGGUUAGCGUCAAAGUAAACCUUUAUAAUAGCAACACCGAACUCUGCAACAAUUCUGUGGUAUUAGUGAAGGAUAACGGUUCAAAAUGCACAAUAACUAUCAUGCCAAAAGAAAUUGGAAAGUAUACACUCAAGGUUUACGGUACAAUUGACCAAUCACAAACUGGUAUGCCGAAACUGACAGAGUAUAUGAUAGAUUGCACGUCUACAGAAGACGAAUUCAUGCCUUAUCCAGAACAUAAUAGAUUCUAUGGUCCGUCUAAUGAUUGCAAUAUUCGAGGCUUUGCAAAUUAUGACUCAAUACCUGCUUUUCAAAUCUGCAAAAACGGUGAAUUUGAAAUGAAAAUAAAAACAAAUAGGACUGUCAAAGUUUCUGCACAAAUAUACGAAACAGAUGGAAGCAGAAGUUCAGAUUUUAUUAUGAUUGAACAAUUGGACGAUUCGGUUUGUGUCAAAGCACGUUUUAUAAACAAGGGAUACUAUAAACUAACCAUUUUCAGCGAGUUGGAAGGCAACGACAAAUAUAGUGAGGCAAUGAAUAUUUUAGUUCUGAACAAAGUAGGCUCAAAAUUCUCAACUCCAUUCCCUAAAACAUAUUCUUCUACAAAGGAAUACAAGUGCCAUCUUAUCGAGCCGCUUGUACGUAAUAUCCCGUCCAAUUCGAAUGUUCGUUUUGUUAUGUCUUCUCCUAUGAUUGAACAAAUCCUAAUCGAUGGCAAGGUUUAUAGAAAAGAAAACAAUGAAACAUGGGACGUUACUGUUAAAACAGGGGACUCCGGUGAAGUAAAGGUAUCCGCAAAAACGGACAUAAACUCAAAAACCUCUACCUCCAUAUACCUAUUUGUGGUAGAUUCGGAAUAA